AGCGAAUUGACUGUUGCAGGCUCGGUAUGUGGCGCAUGUGUAUGCGUUUCGGGAUGUAACGGCUGGUUCUCGGAGUACCUUCACUGAUUUAAAACACAUUUAUAUACCAGGGUGUCUCAGAAGCUAGGAAACCUUAGAAGAGUGGACACAAACUAAGGGAGUUUACGACAGCGCGGAGUGGAGGGAGACACGGGAGCGUGGCAAGAGGGACGACCUAGCAAAUCCAACCGACACCGCACGCAGAAAUGGCGGAGCACCACGCAGUCAGCGACGGCAAGCACAAAGCGUCCACCAAUGCCGGGGGCUCGGUGCACGGUAACAGCCGACCCGGUGCCGCGGGUGGAGGAGGAGGAGGGAAAGUAGGCCUGUCUGGUGGACUGACACAACCGGCAGGGUGGCAGUCUUUACUUUCCUUUAGCAUUCUCUUCCUGGCCUGCCUGGCCGGAUUCAGCUCAAGACUUUUCGCGGUGAUCCGGUUCGAGAGCAUCAUCCACGAGUUUGAUCCAUGGUUCAAUUACAGAUCAACACACCAUCUCACCACAAAUGGAUUCUACGAGUUCCUCAACUGGUUCGAUGAAAGGGCUUGGUACCCCUUGGGCAGGAUCGUUGGUGGCACAGUGUACCCCGGGUUAAUGGUGACUGCCGGCCUCAUCCACUACGUGCUUAACCUUCUCCACAUCACCGUCCACAUCCGUGAUGUGUGUGUCUUUUUGGCACCUGUGUUCAGCGGUCUGACCGCUAUCUCAACCUUCCUGCUGACGCGGGAGCUGUGGAACCAGGGCGCAGGGCUGCUGGCGGCCUGCUUUAUCGCCAUCGUCCCCGGCUACAUCUCCCGCUCUGUUGCAGGCUCUUUCGACAAUGAGGGCAUCGCCAUCUUCGCCCUGCAGUUCACCUACUACCUCUGGGUGAAGUCGGUGAAGACGGGAUCUGUAUUCUGGGCUAUUGGCUGUUGCCUUUCAUACUUCUACAUGGUGUCCGCAUGGGGAGGUUAUGUGUUCAUUAUCAACCUGAUUCCUCUGCACGUGUUUGUGCUGAUGCUGAUGCAACGGUACAGCAAAAGAGUCUACAUCGCUUACAGCACUUUCUACAUCGUGGGUCUCGUCCUGUCGAUGCAGAUCCCCUUUGUGGGCUUCCAGCCAAUCAGGACCAGCGAGCACAUGGCUGCUGCCGGUGUGUUUGCACUUCUCCAAGCAUAUGCACUUCUGCAGUACCUGAAAGACAGGCUGACCCGACAGGAGUUCCAAACGCUUUUCCUCCUCGGAGUCUCUCUUGCCGCCGGCGUGGUCUUCCUCACCGUCAUCUAUCUCACUUACACAGGAUACAUUGCUCCGUGGAGUGGUCGUUUCUACUCUCUCUGGGACACCGGCUAUGCUAAGAUCCACAUCCCCAUCAUAGCCUCUGUGUCAGAGCACCAGCCGACCACCUGGGUCUCCUUCUUCUUCGACCUCCACAUCCUGGUGUGCACCUUCCCAGCAGGCCUUUGGUUCUGUAUCAAGAACAUCAAUGAUGAACGAGUGUUUGUGGCCCUGUAUGCCAUCAGCGCGGUGUAUUUUGCCGGUGUGAUGGUGCGCCUGAUGCUGACGCUGACCCCGGUGGUGUGCAUGCUGUCUGCGGUGGCUUUCUCCAGCGUCUUUGAGCAUUACAUGGGAGACGACACAAAGAGAGAGAAACCCCCAGCUGAAGACAGCAGCGACGAGGACGACAAGAGGAAUUCUGGGAAUCUUUACGACAAGGCGGGUAAGGUGCGCAAACAUGUGUCGGAGCAGGAGAAGGCAGAGGAGGGUCUGGGUCCAAACAUCAAGUCCAUCGUCACCAUGCUCAUGCUGAUGCUGCUCAUGAUGUUCGCCGUCCACUGCACAUGGGUCACCAGCAACGCCUACUCCAGCCCCAGCGUGGUGCUCGCCUCCUACAACCACGACGGGACCCGCAACAUCCUGGAUGACUUCAGGGAGGCGUACUACUGGCUGAGGCAGAACACAGACGAGCAUGUUCGCGUCAUGUCGUGGUGGGACUACGGAUACCAGAUAGCGGGCAUGGCCAACAGGACCACACUAGUAGACAAUAACACAUGGAACAACAGCCACAUAGCACUGGUGGGGAAAGCCAUGUCUUCCAACGAGAGUGCAGCCUACCAGAUCAUGAGGUCACUGGAUGUGGACUACGUGCUGAUCAUCUUCGGAGGUGUUAUCGGUUACUCAGGUGACGAUAUAAACAAGUUCCUGUGGAUGGUGAGGAUAGCAGAGGGAGAGCACCCCAAGGACAUCAGGGAGAGCGACUACUUCACCCCUCAGGGAGAGUUCAGAGUGGACAAAGCCGGUUCACCAACUCUGCUCAACUGCCUCAUGUACAAGAUGUCGUAUUACCGAUUUGGUGAAAUGCAGCUGGACUUCCGGACGCCUCCCGGCUUCGACCGAACACGCAACGCCGAGAUCGGCAACAAGGACAUCAAGUUCAAGCACCUGGAGGAGGCGUUCACCUCGGAGCACUGGCUGGUGAGGAUCUACAAGGUGAAGAAGCUGGACAACCGGGAGCCGCUGGAGCACAAGCUGCGUAGUGUGGUGUCCAAGCAGAAGUACACCUCCAAAAAGACUGCCAAGAGGAAGCGUGGACACAUCAAGAACAAGCUUGCUCUGAGGAAAGGCAAGAAACUGCAAAAAAAAUAAUGGUGACGAUGAACUCUUCUAGGAAAACAAACAAAACAACUGCGAAGAAAACCUCCAACAACCAAUGAAGAAGAAUACAGGGGCCAUUUAUCUGGAACUUGGUCUCCAGCGCUUCUCAUUAGAGCGCCCCCGUGUGUUGAGGAAGUGUAAUCUCUGGCUAGCUCCAGAACUGUUGUCCGUUUUUAUCCUUAGGAUCUUUGUCUUGCUUUUUGUUUUCCCUGUUUUUUUUCUUUGUUGUUUUUGUUUGGUUUUAUUACUUUGUACUUGAAUGUGUGGCGAGGCAUAGGGCUGCUCUGCUUGGUUUCGGCGUCGAUUUAAAUUUGUGUGGUACGUUUAAUUAACUGCUUAUCAGUGCAGGGAUCGGGGGUGUGAGGAGGUGAAAACGAGAGAACACUGGGAACAUUUGCACCAAAGACCCAUCGACCUUGCUCCAUGGCACAUGUGACCUCAUUACUGAGAGUGAGGACGCGCGGGAGUGAAAGCUGAGGAAUGUUCCUGACACGUGUACAGAGGACAGUAUGCGGUAUGGAGGAACGCAACCGUCUGGCACAGCCCAUCUGUAAUAUUAGCCUUUUUAUCAUCGUCCUCUCCUUUAUGUCUGCCUGGCUCCCCAACCUUCUUUUUCAACAAAUUCUUUAGAAAACAAAUUGGCUUAACGUGUAAAUAUGUUAUGUAAAGACUAAGUCUAAAAGGAUGAUAAUAUAUUGGAUUAUUGUGGUGAUUUUAAAAUAUGCAGUUGUCAGUUUUUCUCUUAAGUUCUUUAUGUGAUAGUUCUGUUGAUUCUUUUUUUGUUUUGUAUGACAGCAAAUAGAACAGUGAAUGCAAUAAUUCUUGUACAAAGGGGCUUGAGAUUUUGUUGGAAGAAUGAAUGUGAACUUUUACAAUGUUCCCCUUCACAUCCCCCUUUUUUCAUGAAUUGCAUAGAUUGUACAUUUCUGCUGCUAGGGUUUUUAAAGACGGAAGCAAGCAACUGUGUGUAAAAAGUAGUGAUAAUGAAUUAGGCUUCCCUUCCUGCAGAGGGAGCUCUCUAGUUUAACGUGCAAAGCCUAGUGCCUCAUCGCCGGUCACCAUCGCUUCGGUCCUUCGUGACUCUGUUAGUUUUUCUUUCAGCUCAGCAUAUCUCACAGCGGCAGGUUGAGUUACACCAGACUGAGGCUUUGGUAUCGACUGGUGAACUGUGAAGGGGUGGUUAGCACACAGGCACUGAAACCAAGACUAGAGAAGAGGACACGGGUCAGGAGCCACUCAUCACCGUCUGUGACUGCGGUGGCUCUUCGUGCUUCCUUAGAGCUGUGUCCUAAUUUCCUCCUGCAUACACAUCUAAAAUGGUUUGGUUAAUUCACACAACACAAUUUCUCAAAUUAUCCAAUAAACAAUUGGGCUGCAAAGAAGGAUUAUUUUCAUCAUUUUAUCUGCUUAUUAUUUCCUCAGUUAGUUGUUUAGUAUAUCAAAUGUGAGUUUCCCAGAACCCAAGGGGAUUUCUGCAUUGUUUUCCUGAUCAACUGCCCAUAACCCUGAAAAUAUUUAAAAAUACCAACACAGCAAGGUUGCUUGAAGAAGCUGAAAUAAGAAGCAUUUGAUCAUCACACUGCAUCCUACAAUUCCCAUGAUGCACCCUGAACAGUGCUAUGAAUAGACACUAUACAUCUAGCAUACACCCAUGUCUUUGAAACACUGCAUUCACAAUCUGCAAAACAAAUUUGGUGUGUGCAAAAUGAAAUGAAAUCAUAAUAAUAACAUUGUUUCAUGUGUAAAAUUAAUGCACGAUUGACAAAUUAAAAUUCUAGAAAUAUUAAUGUGUGUAGCUGGUGUAUAAUAAAUAAUGUGAGUAUAUCGUAGAACUGCAAACUAAUUGAAACAUAAAGACGAGGCAAACCAAAUAAAUCAUUUACAAAGCUGCAGCUGUUAGUUUUCUUAAAUGCUAAUACAAUAUAAAAAAAGAUGUUCAAUUUUCUUUCAGUUGACAUAUUAAUUCAAUUGUUUCAGCCAUAUUCGGUGCUUUAAAGUUUGGACACAGCUCUAAGGAGCCGUACCCUUUGACCUCUGAUCCUGCGGGCACUGCACUGUUUUUGUGUCUGUUGUAAAGACUACAGGUGUUUCUGUAUGCGCACGCUUCAGUAACUUUUUUCAUUUUUUAUCAAGUGACACAUCAAAAGGCUAACGCGUCAUUGUUCUGUCACGUCUCACAGAAAGGUGGUUUUUAUUAGUAUAGGCUGUUUGUUUUUUUUACACUUUUAAAAGAAAAUGUCUGAAUCGCUUUGUUCUUUUUUUCUCUGAUCAUCUCUGAAACUUGAGUGUCACAUUUCAGACUUUUGACACAAUGCCACAUUUUUAUUCAGUCACACGAACGCCUAAAACUGAGUCCUGUCCUUCCUAUUUCUCAUUUGUCAAGAGAGGAGAGAUCUCAGACCAAGCCUUAAUGUGAUGUACAGUUUGUCGCCCUCUUAUGUUUUCAUUUCGUGUCAAUUAGCAGCGGCAGAGCGGUUCUUCCUCUACUAAGUUUACUCGUUUCUUAGUAGCUCAGUGCCGUCUGUCCUUACACCAUUUGUUUGAUGAAAUCCCUCCCUCACCUUCAAAGUUUACAUCUCUACAUGUUUCUGUUCAGCCAUCUUUAAAUAUACACUUUAAUGAAAA